AUGGUCCAGUUACUUCCAUUAUUACUUCUUGCUAUUGUAGUAGAAAUCGAGAGUUUUUCUUUAGUUAAAGACACUAGCAGUAUAAUAGAUGUAACUGUCGACUGUGGGGCUAAUGAAGCAGCGAACAGUGCAGUAUUAAAUAUCCUGACAGACGUAGAUAUAUCGGCUAUUGCUAAAUGUAAAAAUGGUGAAAAGUCGUUUAUUACCACAGAUUCUGUACAUUACACUCUACCAGCAACCUUAACAACUCGUGAUAACCUCUGUGAGUUAAAUCAAAAAGAUGGGUCUGAUAAUUUUGAUAUUGAGGUAGAGGUACAUUACGGUGAAUUGGAUGGUUUGAUUCUGACUAGAACUAAACUGGUUACUGUAGUGUGUACUUAUUCUGAUCAUGGUAAAGAUGACAGUGGUCAACAUUCUAUAAGAGAUGGACCACAAGCAUACAUAGAAAAACAAUCUAUCGUUGGUGGAUCUGUUCCUAAAGCUGAAUUAUCUUUAAGUAUUCAAACAGUCGACGAUCAAGAUGCAGUUGGCUCGAUUUCUUUCGAUAGAAGAUAUUCCUUAUUCGGUUCUUAUACUGGUGCUCAGCAAAAUGUGGGAUUGAAACCAGUAAGUUGUGAUGCGAUUUCAGACGAUGGAGAACGUUACGCAGUAUUAGUAGCUGGAUGUGGUGAUGGGUUUAUAUUUGACCGAACAGAUGGUUUUGUAACAACUGGUAAAACAUUUAGAAGCCCAUAUUUCUUUGCAUUCCAUUUGGCCCACAGUGGAAAUUUGGCUUUUGAUUGUAAUGUAACCUUGUGUACUCCGAGCUGUGAAGGUUCAUCUUGUGAAACUGUUUGUGGUCCUGUGACUUCGUUUGUCAUCCCAAAUAUUCAAUUAGAACAAUGUACUGGUAACAAUAAAUAUCAAGACACCUGUUCGUUUAUUUGUAAUGAUGGUUAUGAUAAAAGUGGUGUUGCUAUAUCUACUUGUGGUGCUGAUGGGAUUUGGACUGUACCCGACAUCGCAUGCCCACCCAAAGAUUGUGGAAGUCCUCCAACGGGUACCGCAUCCACAGGAACUGCAUCAAGUGGUACCACAUACACACAAGAAGCAGACUAUACUUGUAAUACAGGAUAUACUGUAACAGCUGGCAAGGCCAAGAUUGCGUGUCUUGAUACAGGGACGUGGGAUGUAGAUAAUAUACUUGUUUGUGAACCUAAAGAUUGUGGAAGUCCUCCAACGGGUACCGCAUCCACAGGAAUUGCAUCAAGUGGUACCACAUACACACAAGAAGCAGACUAUACUUGUAAUACAGGAUAUACUGUAGUAGCUGGCAAGGCCAAGAUUGAGUGUCUUGAUACAGGGACGUGGGAUGUAGAUAAUAUACUUGUUUGUGAACCUAUAAAUUGUGGAGAUCCUCCAACGGGACCCGCAUCCACAGGAACUGCAUCAAGUGGUACUACAUACACAGAUACAGCGGAUUAUAUUUGUAAUGAAGGAUUUGUAAGACAAAGUGGUAAUUUACAGAUUAGCUGUCUAGUUACAGGGAAUUGGGAUAUAGCUAAUAUACUUGUUUGUGAAGCUAUAAAUUGUGGAGAUCCUCCACCGGGGCUCGAAUCAUCAGGAACUGCAUCAAGUGGUACUACAUACACAGAUACAGCGGAUUAUAUUUGUAAUGAAGGAUUUGUAAGACAAAGUGGUAAUUUACAGAUUAGCUGUCUAGUUACAGGGAAUUGGGAUAUAGCUAAUAUACUUGUUUGUGAAGUUGUAAAUUGUGGAGAUCCUCCACCGGGGCUCGAAUCAACAGGAACUGCAUCAAGUGGUACUACAUACACAGAUACAGCGGAUUAUAUUUGUAAUGAAGGAUUUGUAAGACAAAGUGGUAAUUUACAGAUUAGCUGUCUAGUUACAGGGAAGUGGGAUAUAGCUAAUAUACUUGUUUGUGAACUUCCACCUCCACCUCCAGAUCAACAGUGUAAUCUUUUGAUGUAUGUAAGCAACUCAUUGGAUUUAGACACGAAAAUUGCUUUUUCCACAGUGGAUUCAGAGGAAGAGUGUGCUCCCUUAUGUACAGACACAUGUACCGCCUCGUUAUACCUUCCUAUAGGUGGUUAUUGUGUGCGAUUUGAAGACCCCAUCAUAAGAAGUAUAGUACUUACCGUUUUAGAAAAUUUCGAACCUUGUAUUGAUGCGUGCGUAGCCGAACCGGACUGUAAAGCGGUUUAUAAUACAUAUACUUACUUAAUGGGUUGA